CAAAAAAUAAAUAAAAAAUGUUGGGCAGUGGGACCCCCUGCAGCCAGGCCCCGACACAACACCACUGCACGAACUAGACAUCGACUAAAGCCCAGCUCUCAGACAUGUUUUAUAAUCUCACAGUUUAUCGAGUCUGCUGAAAUGUUGUGUUUUCACCCCAACCCGGGGCGCUGCUGCCAUUGGCCCGGCCGCGCACCACGUGGUCGGGCAGUCACGCGCUUUCCAGGAACCCGUCAGGAAGAAGAAAAACAAAACAAACCCGAUAGAGCUGCGGCAGCGUGUGGACUCCAUUGAAAAGUGGGCCUUAUUAUCUCCGGCACGAGAGCCUACACGAGGUCCGACGCUAAGAGGGACGUCUGUGGGGGCGUUGUCGAGACCUAAAGCACAAAGAGAACCACAGCAGACCAGACCAGACCAGGUUGAGACAAGUAACUGACGUCUUCUCCCCCAUCCCCUUCCCCGCAGCCGUGCAGGCUGCAUCCACCAGCACUCUGUGAUUAUCGCCCUCAGCGGUAAUUUAUUGUGUUGAUCCGAUAACCUCACACCACUGGGACUGGACAGGAGGCCCAGAGGUUACCCCCGCUGGAGCUCUGAGCUGUGCCUGGCAAUGCCUCAGCCCAGCAUCAGUGGGAUGGAGCCUCCCUUUGCGGACGCAUUUCAGAACUACUCGUUUGCUGACCAGGCCCUGACCAGCACUGAUCUGCUCGCCACCAGCUCUGACCCAGAUUUCAUGUACGAAAUGGACAGAGACAUGACCCAUAGGCAGAGCCCCUGUGGGGACAGCAUGGUGGGGGUCGGAGAUGGUGGAAAAGAGGUGGAGGGCUGCGUUGAUCAGCUCAUGGGUUUGGCCGAGUGCGACACGGUCCACAGCAGCUCAGCGUUCGAACAGUGGGACUCUUACUGGGAAGACCUCACCAGAUACACACGGCUGGCCAGCUGUGACAUCUGGGGGACGAAAGAGGUGGAUUUCCUUGGAUUGGAUGACUUCUCCAGUCCCUACCAGGAUGAGGAAGUGAUUAGUCGAACCCCGACACUGGCUCAGCUCAACAGCGAAGAUUCACAGCCUGUGUGUGAGGCCCUCUACCCCCCUGCUGACCUGACCCUGCCUUCCCCUCUGCCUCAACCCUCCCAGUUUCCCUGUCACAGUAAGAGACCCCUGGUCCCCGGCCAAGUAUCUGGCCCGAGCUCCGGACGGCCCUCCAUAAGUUCUUCAUCCCGUCCGUCCCGCAGUCUUCUCCCAGACUACCCUGAAAGUUCCCAAAAAGCCACCCGACCUGUCCCCACCAGCACUGAGACUAUGGCUAAGACCCAGAACCAGCUCAGUCUCACCCAGAACCUCGGCCAUGCUGAAAGCAAGACCCAGGGAAGAGGAACCAAGAUGGUAGCCCCAAUUUCCCAUUGCUUUGACUUUGUGCGGAAGGCUAAAGUCCGUGUUAGCGCGGUGCAUAAGGCUCAGCCCAACCUGCCCUCCCAGACUGAUUUUGAUAGGUCAGAUGUGCCUCUACCUCUCUCCCAGCCCCAAGAGGAAAAAGCUUCCACCUCAGCUAGUGCCGCCUCAGUGGGACGUCCUGAUUCAACAGUCAGUGCCUCCAGCAGCCUGACAAGCUUUGAGAAGAGGGCAGAGGGGACAGGGAGGAGAGAGAUGCCUAUAGAUUGGUCUUCCACUGUGCCUCAACUCGUGGAGACGAGUCAGGCCCUGGAGGGUGCCCCCUCUGGCCUGGUGAGCAGUGGCGACAGUGUGGCAGGUGCUAGCGGUGGCGUUCUUGUUGUAGAGGGGACAGAGAAGAGCAAGGAGGAGGAACACAACUACUCCCUGUUCCUGACCCGCAGCAGACUGGCCGGCAGAGCCCCCUCCCAGCUGGAGGAGGACGAGGAAGACGAGGAUGAGGAAGAAGCGGAUGAGGAGGAGGAAGGCGAUGGGCUGGAGCUAGAUGACGAAGACCAUGAUGAGGGUUUUGGCAGCGAGCAUGAGCUUUCUGAGAAUGAAGAGGAGGAGGAGGAGGAGGAAGAGGAGGAGGAGGAGGAUGAAGAUUAUGAAGCAGACAAGGAUGAUGACAUGAGUGACGCCUUCUCCGAGCCAGGUUGUGACAUGGAGCUGAUGGAUGACAUUAAGGGCCUGACAGCAGGAGUCUCCAGGAAGAGAGGCAAGCGCCGCUACUUCUGGGAGUACAGCGAACAGCUCACCCCCUCGAAACAGGAACGCAUGCUUAAGCCGUCUGAGUGGGACAGACACACGCUGCCUAGCAACCUGUACCAGAAGAACGGGCCUCUCCAUGGAAAGUACAUGCUGAAGAAGUCACGUCGUACGGAUGUGGAAGACCUGACGCCCAAUCCACGUAAGUUGCUGCAGAUCGGCACCGAGCUCCGCAAACUGAACAAGGUGAUCAGCGACUUGACGCCUGUGAGCGAACUGCCACCGACUGCACGACCCCGGUCCCGCAAGGAGAAGAACAAGCUGGCAUCCAGAGCUUGUCGUCUUAAAAAGAAAGCCCAGUAUGAAGCAAACAAGGUGAAGCUCUGGGGACUCAGCACAGAAUAUGAUCGGCUGCUCUUCGUGAUCAAUACCAUCAAGGAGGAGAUAGUGGUGCGAGUUGAGGACUCUUCUCCUCGUGCAACCAACAUGACUGACACCCUGGAGCGGCUCAUCCAGGAGACACUUGUGGCAUCACCUGUUGCUGGGCAGACGUCAGACUUUGUCAACAAAAUCUUGGAGAACACAGGACACGGCGAUCCCACGGGCGGACUGGUCGGCCUGCGAGUUCCCACCUCCAAAAUCUAGACAAACCACCGUCCACUGAGAGGAGUGGACUAAAUAUUACCACCGUGUUGUCCCAUUGUAACUAUGCUCCCCUCUGCAUGCCCCUCCAACCCUGCGCACAUACACAUUGUUAGUCACACAAACACACAUACUACUCCCUGUGUGUGUAUGUAUGUGUGCUUGUUUAAAGCCAUGCACCUGUGUGGCGUACACCGUAGCUUUCUGUCUCUGCAUACUGCAUGCAGAGUCACUCAACGUCUCCCAACCCACUAUGAGCGUCUGUUGGGAAACGCACCUCUAAAAGCAAAUGAUGGUUUGGUGUAUAGCUAACAGCACGUCCUAAAUCCAGUGGUGAUUAUUAGAUGUGUUUUACAUAGCAUUGUGUUGGGGUGGUUCUGUUGGAGGUCUGCUUCCAAGGCUGAGACAGACAGUCACACGAGUGAAACUACUGGAAUACUUUCCCACAGUCUGUUUGAGAUUGUUAUGAUGGAGGAAGAACUGUUGAGCGUUAGACACCAUCAAAGAUCGAAAAGAUUCCAGGUAUCUUUUCCGAGAAGAGCUUUGCUUCACAUGGCAACAAAAAUUAACUGUGUGAUGCGAACUCGACCCACUGAGUUAAAGCACUUUGAAGAAAAUGGCUUUGGUUGCCAAGACAGCUGCAGAGAAAGAAAAGCAGCAUGCUUGUUACAGGGUGGCAAGACAUAUUUUGUAUUGAAGGCCUCAAUAUGUUCAUGCCGUCCCCUGUUUGCCAAUCAGCUCAUUGAAAUUGAUGCUCCAAACAAAAGUUGAAACUUACGAAUUUAGUGACAUCCUGCCGAGGUGGAGUUUUUUGGAGGCAGGAGGAAGCUUAACAGCUCUUUAUCUGAAAAGGAGGUGGUUGACCACGUGGAGAGGAAGCGCAUGUAGUUUGGUGCUUUUUGGCCUUGUGCUAGUUAUAACUGGACUUGGUGAAACAGAAGUGUUUUGCCAGUAUGGGAGUUGACUGCGAGGAAGAUCAUGGUGGUGAUGAAGAAGACAUGAACAGUGAUCCAUCUCCUCUAAGAGUCAUACACACGUGUACAUAGAAGUGUCUCCCAGUGAAAAAUGGCACCGGCUCCACUUUUUGUACAGUAGAGAUGACCAGGCUAACAGUUUGGUGUGUUCAUACUAGUGUUUGAUCAAAGUUCUAUUCAUUGUGCCUUGUUUAUGUAUGUGUGUGUGUUUCUGUAAGUCUGAGUGCGUAUAUGAAUGGGACUGAACGAGAAGAGGCGAUAGCUCAGAACUCCCAGAGGUCCAGUUAAGGAGAGGACUACUUUACACUGAGGGAGGAUGUCAGUGAAUGUGACGAGGGGGACACCUGUGGGGUUUUUGGUGUAUUUCAGUUGUUUAAAGAUAUUCUGAAUGUACAUAAAACAAAUGGAAGCUCUCGUUGCGUGAUGCCACAGAGUCUGUGUAUAUAAGGAGGGCUCUGCAAUAGAUUACUUAUGGUUUUUGGUACUUAAUCUUUUUUUGGGGGGAGGGUCAGGGGGAGGGUUACCUGAUAUUAUUCAUUUAGAGUUACAAAAGAUAUUUGCACACUAUAUUUUGAUUGUUUUUUGUACCAAAGACACAUGCAACGAAACGGCGACCAGCCUGUUAAAGUAAGGUUUUGCACAGCUUACCUGACGCCGUAUUGAAUGUAAGAAAUGUUGGAGGGUCAGGGAACUUCAUAGAACUGUGAAAUUAGCUUGGGUCCAAUUCUGUACAGAAAAGGAACAUUCAUUUUUUUUUUCCUAACAUUUUACCCCAUCUGUGGGCUUCUCCAGAAAAAUUUGUUGCCUAAGCACUUCAUUCCUGAACGGAUUCCUCUCUCCACGUGCUAAUUGUGUUAAUGGCUCUACCUAUGACAAGAACCAAGAGCACUAGUAGAUAAGCUAUGUUACAUUUUAUGCUUGUUUGUCAAAAUGUCACCAACAAUAACCAAAAUGUUAUGUUUCUUUGUUACUUGUUCAAAAAUCUGUAUGUAGACAAGGUCUAGUUCAUAUACAAAAUAAUAACUGAAUUGUGUUUUGAAGUACUGUAAAACAUCAAUGAUAUAUCUAUCAAAGGUGAGAUGCCACUUUUCAUGACAAAAGAUUUAAUUUCUAAGCAUGAAACAUUUCUAUAGCCCAUCCUUGCAUUAGAAACUUAGACAAAAAACUGAAAAAAAAAAAAAAAAGGUUCUUGUUAAAUUUUUGUAUUUUUAGCUGCCUGCUAGCUUUCCUGACAGUGGGGAACUUGUUGUUUUGUCAGAUUCUCCAAGUGGAGAGAGGGAGAUGUGGAAUACAGACAAUUAGGAUUGGAUUAAUUUAAAACACAACGCGGAAAGCAAUGGUCUAGUUUAAAGUCUGGUCUAUUAAGAGAAUGAGGACAGGCUGUCUUUAGCAUGGACAGGGACACGUCCAGGAAACUCAGUGGACAGCAGUGUGGAGACGGGAGAGCAGUGUUGUCAUAGAUGCUAUAACGUAGACUGUAUAUAUAGAUGGACAACAUCUAUACUCCCUCCUUCUGUACAAAAAUGAAGCCGAAAUACCCCGGAUAUGGUUGCUGCCAUCUUUUGACAUCCUGUAUCAAGGUUCCAUUGAUACAUACUCUCAACCAAUCAACCAGUCAGUCUCAGCUGUCAACCAAUGAUAUUUCACAGCUUGUUGUGACCAUAUAUGUGAUCAUAUAACUAAUCAAAACCAAACUUACUCGAAAACUACCUAAAAUGAUCGAAAUUUAUUUAACAUGUCCAUUUUAGUAAGGUCCAUUUCCCAUCCACUAACAUGGUGGAGGCAGGGUUAAUGACCUGUACUGCAGCCAGCCACCAAGGGGCGAUCAAGAUGAUUUGGCUUCACUUUUGGGGAGCCGUCAUGAGGUCCAUCAUUAUGUACAUUCUCCCUGUUGUAAGAACAACAAAGCCAUUUCUGUCCCAGAUUCAUCUGGAUUCAACACUGAGCGUUGUUUUUUAGAUUUUCACACGUAUUCCCUCUUUAACCGUGAAGCUGGUUGAAUUUAGCAUCUUCCUGGUUGUGACAUUUCUUCCUCUGAGGUUGAACUGCUCAGUUUUUAUAUCUGCCUGGCCCCGCCUUCAGUUCCUAGCAUAUAUUUGCUCAUCAAAAGUUUCAGGCCAAAAAUAGGCAGCCUGUCCCAACCUUUAACAAUGCAUGAUGCCUGUGUAAUGCUUCCCUCCCCACUGCCUGCUCCGAGGAAACUCCUGCCAUUUCCAGAAAGUUCAAUAUUCAACCAGAGUUCAGUAGGUUUGUGGGCAAAUGUCACAAAAAAUAAGUGCUUGAUAAAUUCAGGUUAGUGUGAAGAGAAUUCUCCUUCACAUAUUGAUGAUGGCGAUGCAGAGCUGUGGUCUUUCUGUACCAUGUGAGUGAUUAACAGGUAGUGCUACACACACAUAUCUCUCUCUCUCUCUCUCUAUAUAUAUAUAUAUCUAUAUAUAUUUUUACUGUUUUCCAUUUUGUCUAAAAAGGGAGAAAUGGUGCUUUUUCUGAAACUUGAGAGACGAGUAUCCAUGAUUCUUAUUUGACUUCUUAGUCUAGUUGUAGCCUAAUGACUUGCUCUCCCCUGCCGUCCAUAGCUAUUUUCUUAGUAGUGAUUCAUUUUUGUAAAUAGACUAUAAGUUAAUAUGUAUCUUAUAAAUGUUAGAUAUAUGUAUAGAAUACUAUAUCUUAUAUGUUUGAAAACAAAAGCACUUUGUCCAAAAAAAAAACAAAAAAAAACAAAAAGAAAAGCAUUUUUUUCUUCCAUUUGCUGCUAAAAGGCCUGGUGUGAAUGCUGCAAGUGUACUUGCUAGGAUAGGUCUAUCACCUGAAUUGGCUAGGUCUAUGUACUAGCAAGAGAAAGGUGUGGGGGUGUGGCCUGACGAGGGUUAGAUCCAAAUGUUUCUGGAGCCGUGUAAUGAUAUGAGAUAUCGCGUGAGAGCGUAUCAUUGCUUGGCUUUGAGAAGCCCAGUGUGUUGAUAGGAUUGAUCUACUUCCUGGUCAGGAGGGACUGUGUGGAUUGUGUGUUUGUGGUCUUAAAAAAAAGAGGGUUUUGAUUCCAGGGCCCCUACGUUGAUCCUGAUGCUGACCCCCUUGGCGUCAUGAUUCAUUUGCCUUCAGUAGAGGUUUCCUAUGGAAAAACUGAUUCUGCUUUGGCUUCCUCUUCAGGGUGAUGUACAGUGUAGACACAUUUCUCCAGAGAGCUAUAUUGUUAUCAUUUGUAAACUGAUUUCUACUUGUGACUUAAUGAGGAGGGGUUGAGCCUGGGGCGGCCAGGAAGACCUCGUUUGAAAGUCGUUGUUCCUGGCUGCCUCUGGGGAAGUUACUAUAUCACUGUACUGUAUGGCAAGCCAAUUACAAAUGAAGACUCAAUCCGGACACUUAUUGCCUUCUUAAAUAACUUCAGAGACACACAAAUACAAACAAUAACACAGCAGACAUGUCACUAACGGAGGGAUGAGCCUGACGUUUAUGACAUUGUUCUGCUAAUAUACGGUCAACAACAACAACAACAACAACCAUUCAGCCUGAUUGGCUCAAAACAACUUUGAUUGAAGUAGCAGACAUGGUGAAAUAUACCUGAAAAAACUACUCGUGCUUUGUUGCGUCCUUUUGGGACAAUGUUCCGAGGCAUUUUCUCAGCCGUAAUUUUGCCCGAGUGUGGAAGGGGGUCAACAGUGGUUAAAAGGCCGCUAGUUGACGGCCGGCUGGCCAGAGCGGCGCACGUGUUUUGUUGUCGAUUACAAGACUGGUUCAAGCGAGAGUCCUCACAGGUUUUUACAUUUAACGUGAUGGCGCAAGCUGUGCAACUUUACAUUCAAACCAGGAGACUCUGUGGCAUUUUAACAGUCAAGGAAAGGAGUGAAAAAAAAAUCCACGCCAGUAAAAUUAUUCCUUCUUCUUUUGAUUUCAGUCAAAUAUUAAGCUAAUUGAGUGUGUAACUUUGUGCUACUCUUGUCCAAUAAAAGCUAAGUGGAUCCAUAAAGCUCUUCUUCAGCAAAUCAGGGUAAUACCGUUCUUCUAUCUGACAUACUGUAAGUGAUGACAUAUAAAAAUUGAAAGAAAAUAUAUUUAUAUUCCAAUUAUUGUCGCCAUUCUUUACUCUGUACAAAAUAUUGUAGGUGUGUGUGUGUUAUGACUUAUCAAUGUCAAUCAAUAUGGUGCAAUGAUCUUGACACAAACUGAAAAAAAGGCCAACAGACUUGUCACAAGAAUUCACGUUCUCAAAUCAAAACACAACCUGUGACAUUUUUCUCUCACAAAGGAUCAGACUCUUGAUCUCCAGAUGUGAUCCAGCUGUGGUUUGUCAUGUGGUGCUGAUUGUUUCUUUUUUGUCAAAGAAAUAAUCCAAGAACGAAAUUGGCAUCUGUGUCUGAUUCCACUUCACAUUGUCCAUCUGAUUAUUGUCCAAUAACUGUCAUCAGAGCAGAUUGAUUCUGUCGAUUGAUGGCGUGAUUUCCCUGUUGGACCAAUCAGAAGAAGAUUCCCUCUGAUUCUUGCUCUAAACCACAACAGACUGAUGAUUUCUGUAUUAUUGACUUGUGUGAUCGUUGUUGUAAAACAUACCAUUAUCUCUUGUAAAAGCCAGACUCCUGGAUUUAACAUCACUGCACAGAAAGGAUGGAGGAUUGACCAAGACACAAGAUUUUAAAAAUAACCACAUAAGAUAACUAUCAUUAGUGUCAUUUGAUUCAACUUUCAAGAAUGAUCACCAUCGGAAAUAUUUGGUAACACUUAGUUUUACAUAUAUGAGGUAAACUGGAAGUGUGUUAAGUUAAACAGCUUAAUAAUUAAUUAGAAGCUGCUCCAAUCAAAAUUUCUGUAUUAAAAACUGAAUACAUUUACUAAAUGUAAUGUGCUUUACAGAGCAUUCAAGCUCCUUUGGUUUGAUUUUAUUGCAGCAACUUCAAGGGCUUCAGGCUCGUGUCUAGUCACUGCCCUAAAAAACAUUUCGGAGCACUUAGCUGUAUGUUGGACUUGCAUUCAUCAGGUUGUUAGAAACACAACUCCAAAGGAAAGAUAAUGUUUGCUGGUGACGUUUACCAGAAAAAACCUGACGACAUGAUGAUAUUUACUGGAGCAUCUCUUUCUGAAUAACUGCUCCCAAACUACAUUCAAAUUCUGCAUCUGUGAAAUCAGUUAUACAACAUAUCAACCUCCCGCUGGCUGUGAUUUAAGAUCCCAGAGUCAGGCUUUGAGGGUUUUUUUUUUUUCUUCCAAGGCAUUUCAACUGUGUUGUAUCUUGUUCAAACCCUCGUUGCUUGUAAAAACACCUCAUCUCCAGAGGCCGCGCCCUGACGAGCCUCUGUGUAGAUUCGAUGCAUACAGAAAUGUAAGAUGCAUUUAGAGUUAUGUCGUUAGCAUGAUGAUUACCUGCAUAGAACUGAGAGAAUCAGGUGACGUCUGGAGUUCUUGCAGAUUGAAAAAUAACAUGGCCAAUCGCCAAAAAACAUCAUAUUCAUUGUCACGAGGUUGUUGCAUGACUUUUUGGGCUCACUGUACUCUCAGUUGAAUGAUUGAUUUCAAACUUGCUGCUAUUGAAUGAGCACAAAGAGAUUUUCUGUUUAGAUUGUCCGCGACACAAUUACAGUUUGUAACUACCACACACUCACCCCUGUUUUUUUUUCCCCCAUUGAGUUUGAUGUGACAGUCAACAGACCAACAGCGUCCCUCACCUUGCACUUGGUUUUUACAUUAACAAGAGAAAAAAAUAUUUUGAAUAUGAUGCCUGACGAACCAGGUGCCUUAAUCAAAUAUAUGAGAACACAAAUCUGCACCUUCUGUCCGUCUGGAGGGGGUUUCCCUGCAGAAACAAAGGGGCUGGGUUUCCCAAAACCGAAACUUGAAGACAAGAAUAAAAAAAACGAAAACCUCACUUUAUCCCCAAAUUUGUAUAAUACUCAGCCUUUAACUGCAGAUGGGAGCUAUUGCCUGCAUAAAACUAACCCUGCAAACACGUUCCCUUUUUGUAACUGAAGAAGAGCGCAAACGACAACGUGUAAAAGUAAAUUUGUGUUGUUUUGGGAAACCUGGUUCUGUUUUUGAACUCUUUCUCUGCCCACUACGCCACGUUCUUGUGUUUUCUGUAUUGGCUGCUGCUGCUAUCACCGCUGGUGUGUGUCCGUGUAGAGAAGAGCAAACUUCCACUGUGUCUGAGGCAGAGGGAGAUUUGGGCCUGAUUUUUAACUGGUCAAUUACAAUGCAUUGUUCUUCUUGGGUGUCGAGGCGGAGCACUGUGCUGCUGCCUCUUGAGACCUUAUCGAGAGGGGGGGUAAAAAAACAAAACAAACGAACACACAUGACAGAACUUUCCGUUUCUUAACUUUGCUAUAUUGAAGUGCCAGACCCUCCUUGAAGUCAGUGUUGGCACUGAGUCGCAGGAUGCGAAUAAAGCGACAAACUGAGCAUGGAGGUAAACUGUGGUGCUAAUCUGUCAGUGGCUGGGUGCUAACAUGGCUGGGUUAAAAAGCUGUAUUAGCCAUAUUAUUCCUUCUGUUGUUGACUCUGGUGUUUCUGACUGCUGCACUGCUGUACGCUGUCAUAGCGAGGUAUACUCUGCUGCUGCUUUGCUGUUAAUGUAGACUAGUCUUCUUGUUGUCGGGAUCCAGAAAGAUCAUGAAUGUUGUAUCUUUAUAUAUGGCCGCUGUCCUGCUCGUUUGUUUAAACCUUUUGUUAUUGAAUAGAGAUUUUGGUUUGAUAUACAUGCUCUGAGUCUGUCAAAUGUUGCACGUUUGAAUUUGUAUUCCUAAAUUAUAUUUUAUUGCCUUUUCCCCGUGAUCCCAGUGUUGAUGCCAUUUGUUUGAUAUUUAUUUGUUUAGUCCUGUAAAUUAUAGUGAGGACACCGUUUUGUUUGAACUAACCUUUAUAGCUUUUCCAUGAGUCACAGACUUUACAUGAGACUCUCAUAUCACAGUCACAGUGAAACAUAAUAUUAAAUUCUGACAAUAAUAACUGCUAAAUUAUUUUUUAACAUUAAAAUGUUAUCAGAUUUACUCACAGGACAUCUGUAAUAUUACCUUUAACCAGUGAUUUGAAUCACUUAAUUUACAUUGAUUUUAAUUUGUAAAUUCGUAAGAAAAUCAAACAAAAAUGAAAUUUUUUAAUACAUUGUUGUGAGUUUUUUUGCAUGAGAAGAUUGAUUUGCUACAGCCAACUGCUAGUUAACAUGACUUAACUUAGCUUAACUUGGUUUAACUUAGUUAAAAUUAACAAGGGGAAUUUGUUAACAGGGUACAAAAUAAAAGUCAUCACAGGGUUUAUG